CACUCCAGUUUUACACGGCGAGCAGCGAGAGCCAUCAGCUGUUCUUCUUGGACUCCGUGUACGCCCCUUAAGCAGCAUUUAUCCCGGUUUCACACGCGGGCAGCCCUCGAGAACACCACCGCACGCUCGCCAAUUCAAAGACUCCGUUCACGAACGGUUUAUGUCGUGCUUUACUGCUUUCGCGACGCCUGUUAAGGCCAUUGUCUCGGCUGUCAAUUGCACCUCCACUGGCUCCUCCGGGUCGUCUAGCAGGACAACCAGCCCCGACGUUCGCAACUCCCCCGACCAACUCCGUGCCUCAUCCCCCCUUCUCGCACCCUCCACCUCACCUCUAUGUCAACAGCACCAGCCUGUGAUGCGAGAACAACAACGCCCCCGCCCUCACAGCGCCUUCUCCUUCAUCCGCACCCCCUCCCAAUUUAAAGGCCUAACCUCAACCCUCCUCCUCCGCCGUUCCUCUUCCUACUCCCAACUCAACUCUGAACUCGAUUGUGAUGAAGGAAGUCUUGCGGAUCCAGAAGAGGAUGAGAAUGGUGAACUUCCUAGGAAGUACGCGAUUUAUAAGACGGGGCAGAGAUUUCGGUGUGCGAGUGAUCGGUUGAGGAAGGGGCGGGAUGGGGUUUGGAGGGGAAUUGAUGGGGUUGCGGCGGAUGAGUUUGAUAGUGGGUCGGAUGAGGACGAGGAGGAGGAUAAUAGUACCGAAGGCUUCGUCACGGCCACGGAGGGGUGGGGAACGCAGGAGGAUUUGAGACGUUAAAGGGUGAUGAAAUGGAUGGACCGUGGGAGAUUGGACAUUGCCU